CACAAUCAAAAAUUCUUCCGCUUACUACUUCAUCAGAUAUUCUGCGACGCAACGUAGCUCGGUGUUUGAACCGUUCGACCCCAGGACCCCCAGGCUAGAUCUUGGUGACUCCGGGUCGUUCUCUCCAUAUUUGUGAAGCAACUAUGAACGUUACAAGCUUCAGAUACAUCGCAUUUUUGGUCAUGAACUUGCAGCAGGUGCAGGCAACGAAGGAUGCCUGCAAAGGAACCGUUGAUAUGCUCGCAAGUGCGCAGGAGAUGCUCUUGCUUAUCGCUGCAUUCACCGUGGGUUGGCAUUUGAUCGGGCCAUGCCUGGGCAAGUUGUUGAAGCUCCUUCGGCAUUGCAGAGCCGUGAGCUGCACCAGGCCCACCCGAAGCACUCCAAGCGCCCCAAACGCCGGUGCCUCCAGUGCCUCCAGUGCCUCGAGCGUAGACGGCGCGGACUGCACCGACACUGAUAGCGUUCAGAGCUCUGUGGCACCGAGGGAGAGCAAAGAUGGAGAGGGCGAAGGUCAAAGGCAGCAGCGACAAAGGAACUUCCCAGCCGAGCUCUCCGUAUCUGCCGCAGCUAGCAAGGGUGGACUGGACUCGGUCAGGCUAAAUGGGGCCGAUGGCAACUUUCAGGAGUGCGCUCUCAACAAUCCGUCGACGUGCAGACUGCUUCGUCAAGCUGUGCAAGCUUCAGAAGGGCCUGGUGCAAGCCAACUCUUGGCCCUUGCUCGGCGGCUGCUGAAGAAGCGAGACAUUCACGGAGCUGAAAAGUGCCUUCAAAAUGUCAGUCAAUACGCUCCUGUUGACCUUCGCACGAGAAAGUUGUUCAUAGUCGCCUGCGCACGGAGUGGCAACAUGGAUAUGGGAACGCAAUGCCUGCAGCAGCUUCAAUCGGACGGGUUUGACGGAGACUUUGCUAUUUACUCUGCAAUCAUCCGGGGCUUUUGCAACGUGGGAAAGGUGGAAGAGGCCUUGACAUACCUUGAGUUGAUGCUGCAGCGCAAGCUGCAGCCAGAUGCAAUGCUUUUUGACAUUUUGCUUGAGGGCUGUGUGAGUCGCAACCUCUUUCAAAAAGCUGAGCGUAUCCUGAACUUCAUGAAGGACCUGGGCAUACAAUUUUCAAACACAACCUUGGCUGCAUGCAUCAAACUGUACUCUGCCCGUGGCGAAAUCAAGCGGGCCUACGUGAUCUUCGACGAGUGGGUCCAGACAAAUCGCCUUCAACCAAAUUCUGAAGUGUAUGGGGCCCUCAUUGCAGCAGCACUUCGGAACGGCAGACCGGAGAUGGCACUUUCUACAUAUGAGACUGCUGACUGCACUCCAAGCACCCGAACCUAUGAGCAAUUAGUGCAGUGCUGCCUUCAAUUGGGUUUGCUUGACAAAGCGGUGGAGUUGUUGGAUGAAGCGCUCGGAUUGAAAGACGCCGCCCCUUCAAGGCGAGCCUUUAUCCAUCCAAAGAUUAUCGAGGAGCUCUUGGUCUUGAUUUCUCGAAGGAAGGAAUCUGAAAGGCUGGCGAUGCCACUCCUCAAGCGCUUGGAAUCUGCUGACUUUGACCUCCCUGAGAAUUUUGAUCGCUAUAUCAAACCAAAUGCCAGCAUCACUCCCUUGGGAAGCAAGCGACGCGCAGACUUCGAUCGCUGGCGCAGCUUUCUGCGGUACCCUUGCGCAUUUUGAAUUCAAAAGAUGCCAGAACAGGUCAAAGGUGUCGCACGCAGUAGCCAAGAGGAGAAGAAAACAUGUCACAAAUGUGAGAGAGAGAGAGAGAAGAAAAAAAAACAAGGGAAAAAAGAUAGACAGAAAACGUCAAGUGCGUGAGUUGUGGCAUCAUGCACAUCAAUGUCAUGGUACACUGUGCUGGAAGCUGUGCCUGAAGACCUGCAACUUACCCAGACCAUGUGUGCCAAGAUGUGCAGAUGUGCAAAAGCUUUCGCUGACAGGUGAAAUUGGCCUUCGUGUCCUGAUGCAUUGACAGGUGUAUCAAUAGAUG